AUGGAAACGGGAGAUUUGAUGGACGCAUUUGACGCAGAUGACAUCGUGGCAGCGAUUGAAGAAGAACGCACGCGGAGAGAGAUGAGGAACCGGCGGUUCAGCGAGACGCUGUCCGAGGCGGCGCAGGAGGCCAUGCGGCUGGAGAUGCAGGAAUCCGCCGCCCUGCGACACAAGUCCUCCCUGUCGUCCGAGAUCAUCUACGAGCCCACACAGGCGGAGAUCCCGCCCGGGUCACCUAACGGCGUGGCGGCGGACGAGGAAGCCUUCGUGGCCGAGAAAAACAUUUCUUACGACGAGGAACAGGAGGACGUGUUCUGUGAAGAAGACAAGAUGUCAGUCGAAAAACACUAACUCUCACAC